AUGAAUCGUUUCGUGGAUUUCUCGGAUGGUUUUGUGCUUAGCAGUGGAACUGUGCCUAUCGACAUCCCCAAGGGCUUGGUCCUCCUACUGUACUAUCGGCCAAAGGGAGAGUACAUGUUACCGAAAGGGAGGAAGGAUGUCGGAGAGACCUUGGAAGCUGCAGCGAUUCGCGAGACCAUGGAAGAGUCAGGAUACGAGUGUCAUCUAUUCAAACACCAGCUUCCCACCAAAGCGCAGGGACUCAGUGACCCAAAACAUACCGAACCGAUUGCUGUUCAACAGCGAAUAAACCAAGGCGUCCGCAAGAUCAUUUUCUGGUACAUUUCCGAGGUCGAUUCAUGCAGCCAUCAGAUGGCCGACACACAAGAAGAGGGAGAAGAGUUUGAUGUAGAAUGGGUGCGCAUGGAAGACGCACCUUCAAGAUGCUCCUUUGCCGAUGACAGAAAGAUUGUUGAGAAAGCUUUGGAGGCCGUCCCUCGUCCGCAUCUACCGUUAGCUCCCCCACAAACAGGGACAACCCCACAUAGAGUCGAAGACGAUACAGAUUGGGAUGGCUUCGGGUUCUUGGAGACAAAGGAAAGCAUAGUGAGACUCAUCAGAGACUUCCGAGCCGAGCUGUGCGCCAUGUUGCGAAUCGAGAAAGAGGAGUGCCCAUCGAUGAAGGUGCCUGAAGAUCCAAUGUUGCGGAAACAGUGGGAGAUCCUGCGAUUUUCAGGAUGGACGACGGAAGGAUCGAAGCGAACUAUCAAGCUAUGGUCCAAGGAAUCUCUCGAGCGAGCAGUAUCCGCGUCGAUCUCAUCGCACCUUGGACUGUUGUCGCACAAAGUCCGGCGCUUCACAAUACUUUCUGACCCUGAACAUGGUCCUCGACUUCACAUCUAUCAACCGAUUCGCGCAACCGAAGAUUUGCACAUCCUUUGCGAUUUUGAUUUCUUACAAAAAACAGCAUUGGGGUCUCCAACAUCUUCAAAUACCGCAACGACCAAGACCGUUAGCCCAGGUGUUUCCUGCGACUUGUUUCUGACAUCUCUAUGCCUUUUUGAACACGAGCCAGGCUUUACAACAACUCUCAAAGCCAUGAUCAUCCGGAAAUGGCAGCUGCUUUCAAGAACCCCCGAGUCGCUAAGCAUAGUACCGUUCUUCUACCGAGUCCAUGCUAUCAGCUCUGCUUACAAGAGCAAGCUUCAAGCUGAGAUGGUGAAAAUGAAUCUGGAAGCAUCAGAUGCUGGGUCUUCCUACAUGUCCAGUCCCGUCGGCGCGAGACGAGCGGCCGAGAACACGAAAGGGUACCGGGAUAUGAUCCUCGGCCCAUUAUGUCCACAAAAAUGUACAACCUCAGCGAAGGACGACCUGCGUUGGCCUGCAAGUCCUUCCUACGCUAAAGCAAACAUGAUUCGAGGUGAUCCAACAGAAUUACGCCGCACAGCUUUCUCAUCAAACUCCAACGGCCGCUACGCAGACAUAAUGAGAAAUACGGAUCAGACCUGGCAGCAGGUCUACAUAAAGAAUUCAACUUCUGCGCUGCUCGAGGUAGAAGUACUUCAAAGCCUCAGGCAGUAUUUCCCUGUCGAGACUAUCCAGAUCGUUCUUGCUGUCGAUGAACAUAAAAGGGAUAUAUUUUUCAAGCGCUUCCAAGGCGAGACAUUGAACGAAGUUCGCCUUCGGUACUAUCAUAGGCAAAGCCCUGUCUCUGGCCAUCUGGAAGAGCUGUAUUACCGUUCAGAUGAAUGGUUCAUUGAUCUCGACCUUCGCCGAGCCAGUGAUGUUUUGGCAGCUUACCAAAGAUCCUUCAGGCAUAAAAUGUCACCUAUCAAUUGCUCUGAGCAGAACAUCCACACUCUUUAUCAUAAACGCCUUCAACAUCAUCGCCGGUUUCAGGAAUUCUACGGCACCUGCAGUCCCAGCUUUCUUGAGGGCGCUUCCAACAGUAAUGUGUCUUUGGAGAACUUUCUAGACAUACCUAUCAGCAUCAAUGGCCAAAGCCAUGGAACUUUGCGGUACCACCUUGACCGUGCCACUCACAUUCUCGACCCGGAAAGACCUGCCGGACUUCAGUCUCUCCCGUGCGCCUUCGGCUUUGGGGACGGACACGGAGGAAAUGUUCUAGUUUCUUUGGACGUGAGUCCACCAUCUUUGCUCUAUAUUGAUUACGAAGUGACUGGUUGUCACACACCUUUCUUGGAUCUGGCAAAACCUAUCUAUCUGGACGGCUUCUUCGAUGCAAUGUACGCUGACCUCUUGUACGACGAUAUUCUCCACAAGGACGACAGUGGCAGUAUCUGGGUAGAUUGGAAAAUUGGAAAAGAUUGUAUAUCCAUCGACUACGGUUUGGCUUUGGAACCCUUGUGGAAGACCCUCGCCGGCAUCAAGCUCGAGUACGUUCUCAGACCCAUACUCGAGAUGCUCGAGCAAAUCGCUCCAUCGCAAAGAGAUACCGCCGAGGAGACACUUGCGUGUGGCCUUUUCUGUUGUGCACUGCUCUCGAGGGACUACUCGACAAGGUCAGACGUUUUCUACCUCAAUCUAGCUAUCGGAGUUCGACUCGCAACGGAAAUGAGGGUCGUAUUCUCUGAAUGUUUUGGCUGGAGCAACUGGCCCCAGAGUGUUUUACAGGAGGAAGGAUCUCUUCCACGUGCAGCACCAGAACCAGGGAACCAGCAACUGAUCUCCUUCAGUGGAAAGAGACGCACUUUGCACGGGUCGAGAGCGGAGCCGAUCCGUGAUACUGCUCACAGGCCAUUUCCUAGGGCCAGUGGGGUCCUCGUGGCCAGUCUACUCUCUGAUGCUAUGGAAGAGCGUAGUAAAGGUAUUCCUUUCUACUGGAAAAUUCACAGAUCCCUUGAUUUCGAGACUGUUGUUUUAAAACGGGAAGAUGAUACCCUUGCUUUACACAACAGGUUUUCGACCAGGGCGGGAGAGGGUGCGGCGAUGAUAAGUCAGCGGAUCGACCACGUCCGCAAAGAAGCUAUGAGGAUACUUGCUGAAGUUGCCGAUACGGCGAAGAAGACCUUGAUCGACGUCGGGUGUUGCAUGGGAACUGAUAUCCGAACAUUGAUAGCAGAUGGCUACCCUGCUCACGUGAUGAAGCGUUUCAAGACACGUGAUAUGCUAAUCCGGCUAGGCUUCAUCAACCUUGGGUAUACUCUCUACAACCAUCGCCCACAAGAUCUUGGGGUCCAGUUUCACGAGGCCGAUGUGCUAGACUCGAGCUUCUUCACAAAGCGCAAGGACCUAGCCGGCCAGUUUGACUUCGUCCACUCUGCCAACGUUAUCCAUCUAUUCGACGAAACCCAGCAGGAAGCCUUCAUCCAAGCGCUGGCGUUCCUCGUGAAGCCGGGCGGAACGGUAUGGGGUCGCCAAGUGGGUCUCGAAGAUGAUGAAGAGGCGACAAAUCCCUUUCGACAGCCGGAGGGCAAGGGUGUGCGCCAUACGAUCGCGCAGUUUCGGCGACUGUGGUUGAGGGCUACGGGGUGGGAUGCGAAAAUGCUGGGGUUUGAGGCAGAGCUCGUUCCUUAUGAUGAGUUGAGGGAUCAACGAGCGGAUAAACGCUUUGUUCUACAGUGGAGUGUUCGUGCUCCAACUGAUGAUCAAACGGGCAGAAUAGUGGACGAAAGUUAA